AUGAGGCGCGCCAUCCUGAAGUGGCUCCAGCCCGGGCAGAAGAAGUGCAGCACCUCCUUCGAAGGGGCCGUGCGCGAAGCCGACGCGGCCUCAGUGGCCUCGCAGGACGUUUUCAAGGUUAUCUCAGAUGGAAGUACUUGUAGACUACGAAGCUUCAUUAAGAAGAAUCGUGAUGGACUUAAGAAACUGGAUGACCUAAAUGCCACUCCAUUGCAUCAUGCUGCAGGAAAUGGCCAACUUGAGUUAAUGCAAAUGAUUAUAGAUGGUUCCUCAGUUGAAGCACUAAAUGUGACUGAUUCCUCUGGAAAUACACCGCUGCACUGGGCCACAAAAAAGAACCAGAUUGAAAGUGUUAAAUUACUUCUCAGCAGAGGAGCUAACCCAAACAUUCUUAAUUCCAAUGCAAUGGCUCCACUUCAUUUGGCUGCACAGUGCCUUUACAAUGACUUAGUUAAGGUUCUCAUUGAACACAGCAGUACAGAUGUAAACCUAGAAGGUGAGGGUGGGAACACACCCAUAUUAGUCGCAUGUUAUAAAGAUAAUCCUGAAGCACUGAAACUCCUGAUUGAAAAUGGUGGUAAAAUAUGUAAAGCAAACAGUAUAGGCUGCAUGCCAGUCCACGCAGCUGCAUUUUCUGGUGCAAAAUUAUGCAUGGAAAUUAUUAUAAAAAGGGGUGAAGUCCUAGGUUAUUCUCCUAAAAGUCACAUCAAUUUUACUAACACUGGAAAGUGCAGCCCUCUUCAUCUAGCAGUUCAGAGUGGAGACUUGGAAAUGAUUAAAAUGUGCAUUGAAUAUGGAGCGCAAAUUGAUCUGAAGCAGAAUGACAAAUGCACAGCUCUUCAUUUUGCUGCUACCCAAGGAGCUACUGAAAUUCUUAAACUGAUGAUGUCAUCUUAUGAAGGCGAUGAACCUAUCAUUGAUGCAUUAGAUGGAAAUAAGGAAACUUUGCUUCACAGGGCGGCAUUGUUUGAUCACUGUGAACUGGCAGAGUAUCUGAUAUCAAUGGGAGCAAAAAUUGAUAGUGUUGACAUUGAGGGUCGAACUCCACUUCUACUUGCCACUUCUUGUGCAUCAUGGAAAACAGUAAAUUUACUACUCUCAAAAGGAGCAAAUGUAGAGUUAAAAGAUCAUCUUGGUCGUAACUUUUUGCAUCUAACAGUUCUGCAUCCUGGAGGAUUACAGCAUCUUAAAGAACAGUUUUUGAAGAUGAAACAUAUUAAAGACCUUGUAACUGAGGAAGAUAAUGAAGGAUGUACUCCUUUACAUUAUGCAUGCAGACAAGGGGUACCACUUUCAGUGAACAGCCUCCUUGAACUGAAUGUUUCCAUCUAUUCCAAAAGCAGGGACAAGAAAUCUCCUUUGCAUUUUGCAGCCAGCUAUGGUCGAAUCAACACCUGCCAGCGCCUUCUACGUGACAUGGAAGAUACCAGGCUUUUGAAUGAAGGAGACAAGAAGGGGAUGACUCCUCUCCACCUGGCUGCUCAAAAUGGCCAUGAAAAAGUUGUACAGUUUCUCUUGAAAAAAGGUGCCCUCUUCCUCUGUGAUUUUAAAGGGUGGACUGCUUUACAUCAUGCUGCCUUUGGAGGUUAUACUCGCACAAUGCGGAUCAUCUUGAACACUAAUGUGAAAUGCACAGAUAAAGUGGAUGAAGAAGGGAAUACAGCUCUCCAUCUUGCUGCCAGAGAAGGCCAUGCAAAGGCAGUUAGAAUGCUUCUUUAUGACAAUGCCAAAAUUCUUCUAAACAAAGUUGAAGCUUCUUUUCUUCAUGAAGCUGUACAUAAUAGACGGAAAGAUGUUGUAAAUGUUGUCAUCUUGCAUAAAAGAUGGGAAGAAGCUGUAACAACAUUUUCUCACCAUUCUUCUACAAAUAAAUGUGCCAUACUGGAGAUGGUUGAAUACAUUCCUGAAUGCUUCAAAUUAGUUUUAGACAAUUGCAUUAUUGAAUCAUCGGAGGAAAAGUCAUCCAGAGACUUCAGUGUUGAAUAUAACUUCAGAUAUCUUCAGUGUCCACUAAAGUUAACCAAGAAAUUAAAGGAAGAAGAUGAAAUAAUUUAUGAACCACUUAUCACUCUAAAUGCAAUGGUACGUCAUAAUCGUGUUGAGCUGCUCAGUCAUCCAGUAUGUACAGAAUAUUUACUCAUGAAAUGGAUGGCGUAUGGGUUUCGAGCACAUCUUAUGAAUCUAGCAGUGUAUUCUCUUGGCUUAAUACCUCUAACUCUCCUGAUCACUCACAUAGAGCCAGAAGUGUCUUUCAAUGCAACUCUUAAGCAUGGACCAUUUGAUAAAAAGGAUUCAUACUUCAUUAAAGUAUGUAUGUGUUUGGUUUUUAUCAUGAGUUUAUUUGGAAUCUGCAAAGAAAUCAUACAGCUUUUCCAACAGAAACUAAGGUAUUUGUUGGAUUAUUCCAACCUUCUUGACUGGACAAUUUAUACUACAAGCAUCAUUUUUGUAUCAUCUUUAUUUAUUAAACUGCCAGAUCACUUACAGUGGGAAUGUGGUGCAAUUGCGAUAUUCCUUUCUUGGAUGAACUUCUUGUUAUAUCUACAGAGAUUUGAAAAUUAUGGAAUAUAUGUUGUGAUGUUUUGGGAGAUUUUAAGGACUCUGAUUCGGAUAGCUGUUGUGUUCUUCUUCUUGAUGCUAGCCUUUGGGCUCAGUUUCCAUGUUCUUUUGGGUUCACAGGAAACAUAUGGCACGCCAUACCUUUCUGUAAUGCAGGCAUUUGCCAUGAUGCUGGGAGAUAUUAAUUAUCGUGAUGCUUUCCUUGAACCAAUGCUCAACAAUAAACUGCCUUAUCCAUUUCUGAGUUUUGUAAUUUUCAUUAUCUUCUCUCUGCUUAUUCCAAUUCUUCUUAUGAACUUACUGAUUGGUUUGGCUGUUGGAGAUAUUGCAGAGGUACAAAAAUUCGCUGCACUGAAAAGAAUAGCAAUGCAGGUGAAUCUUCACACAAACUUGGAGAAAAAACUGCCAUAUUGGUUUCUUAGCAGAGUUGACCAGGAAUCAAUCACUGUGUAUCCUAAUAGGCCAAGAUAUUGUGGAUUCAUGAGUGUUUUCCAAUAUUGCUUUGGAUGGGAUGAUACAGCAACAGAUACGCAGAGUGCUGACACAUCAUUAGAACUAGAAGUAUUGAAACAAAAGUACAGGCUUAAGGAUAUUGCAGCUCUUAUGGAAAAACAACAUGACCUCCUAAAAUUGAUUGUUCAAAGAAUGGAAAUCAUCUCUGAAGCUGAGGAUGAAGAUACAAAUGAUUUAUUCCAGCAUAAAUUUAGAAAGCAACAGCUGGAACAUAAGAACAGUAAAUGGGAUACAGUAUUAAAGGCAGUGAAAUGCAAAUCUGCCUAG